AUGGUGAGAUUCGAGAAUGUCCCUUUACUGUUAGGAUUAGUUCUGGUUAUAACUCUGGCCGGAGCUCCUCCGACAAAAGCCGCUGGACCUGUUUGCCGUGACGCUGAGAAGUUUAGCAGAGCUAGCUUCCCUGAAGGCUUCCUUUGGGGAACCGCGACCGCAGCGUUUCAGGUAGAAGGAGCUGUUGACGAAGGUUGCAGAGGGCCAAGCAUGUGGGACACUUUUACUAAGAAAUACCCACAUAGGUGUCAAAACCAUAAUGCUGAUGUGGCUGUGGAUUUCUACCAUCGUUACAAGGAAGAUAUCAAGUUGAUGAAAGACCUCAACACUGAUGCUUUUAGACUUUCUAUUGCGUGGCCCAGAAUAUUCCCCCAUGGAAGGAUGUCUAAGGGAAUAAGCAAACAAGGAGUCCAAUUCUACCACGACCUCAUUGAUGAGCUUCUCAAAAACAAUAUAACUCCACUAGUAACAGUCUUUCACUGGGAUACUCCUCAAGACUUGGAAGAUGAAUACGGUGGUUUCCUGAGUGGUAACAUUGUGAAGGAUUUUACGGAGUAUGCAAACUUUACUUUUCAUGAAUACGGACACAAAGUGAAAAACUGGAUCACAUUCAAUGAACCAUGGGUGUUUAGUCGUGCCGGUUACGACGUCGGAAAAAAAGCUCCGGGACGUUGUUCACCGUACAUUGAAGAAUGGGGAAAGUACUGUGAAGAUGGACGGUCAGGAUUCGAAGCUUAUCAAGUCAGUCACAACUUACUCUUGUCUCAUGCUGAAUCCGUUGAUGCCUUCAGAAAAUGCAAACAGUGUGCUGGAGGUAAAAUUGGAAUUGCACACAGUCCAGCUUGGUUCGAACCAGCCGACCUUGAAGCUGUUGGAGGUACCAUUGAACGUCUGCUUGAUUUCAUCCUGGGAUGGCAUUUGCAUCCAACAACUUUCGGAGAUUAUCCACAGUCGAUGAAAGAUCGGAUUGGUCAUAGAUUGCCAAAAUUCACAGAAGCUGAAAAGAAAAAGCUGAAAAAAUCUACAGAUUUUGUGGGAAUGAAUUAUUAUACAUCAUCGAUUGUAGCUAAUAUGAAGGAACCAAAUCCUAAGAGCCCUAGUUGGGAGAUGGAUUCUCUGGUUAAAUACGAAAGCAAGACUGUGGACGGAUACAAAAUUGGGAGCAAGCCUGCUGGUGGUAAAUUGGAUGUGUAUUCAAAAGGUUUGAGAAAACUUUUGAAGUAUAUAAAGGAAAAUUAUGAAGACCCAGAAAUUUUGAUAGCCGAGAAUGGAUAUGGAGAUGACCUUGGGGAGUAUCACAAUGACUUAACACAUGGGACAAAUGACCACAACAGGAAAUAUUAUCUCCAAAGGCAUCUCUUGAGUUUGCACGAAGCCAUUUGCGAUGACAAAGUAAACGUUACGGGAUAUUUCGUGUGGUCUUUGAUGGACAACUUUGAGUGGCAAGAUGGAUACAAAUCGAGGUUCGGGCUUUACUACAUCGAUUUCCAAAACAAUUUGACUCGUCACCAGAAACUUUCGGGUAAAUGGUAUUCUGAAUUCCUCAAGCCUGGAUUUCCAACUUCCAAGAUAUCCAAGGACGAACUCUAA